GUGGUUCUUGAUCCCGCCCUCGACAUUCAAGGUUGCUCUGGUUAGCGAAUUUCCCUGCACACUCCGGCCAUCGCAACACGUCAAUCAUGCAAAUCAGAACCCUCGCCCCGCUCGCCCUGUCUCUCGCGACGAUCUUCCCUGGUCUAUUUGUCAAUGCAGCAAGCGUGAGCCAUACUGGUCUGCAAUCUUCCUCCGCACGCGCCGCCGCCGGAAGCAAGUAUACGAAAGCGCACUCACUGGGCGACUCUUACAAGUUCGACCCACGCGACGGAUGGCGAACGCUCAACGCCAGUGAUGCCCAGUACAAGUACCGACGCGACAAGGCUCCCGCUCUCAAGGCGAACGACAAGUCGAAGGCAGUGGGCCCUCUCAAGACAAUCUCGGAUGGGGUGCAAGUGCUGAGUGGUAUAUGGAAGGGUCUCAAGGGCAUCGGUUCUCCUUCCUCAGUGACGAUCACUUGGUACACGGGUCACGAUCUUCUCAAUCCGAGUUGUUGGGCGAAGACCGACUGGGCUCCUACGGACCAGUCUUUCGUUUGUGCUGUGACGAUGGAGGGCUGGACGGACAAACCUCAGUGUUUCAAGUUCAUCGAAAUAUGCAAUAAACCACAAAAAUGCAUCUUUGUUCGCGUCGUCGAUACUUGCGCAGGCUGUCGCACGGGUUCUCAACAUCUUGACCUUACGCGAAGGGGAUUUGCAGAACUUGCCGAUCUUGACACAGGUAUUCUUACUGUCUCUUGGCGGGAAGCCUCUGGCCCAGAUGAUUGGAGCGAAGAUCUCUGGGGACCCAAAAGCUGAGCGACACACUCCAUCAACAACCUAGAUUCGUCUGCACAUACUACUGUACUUCUAUCUCACACUGUAGCAUUCAUUGUAACUAUCCAUUUCAACCCUAUGCCUGCAAAGUGACGCGCUUACGCUUCUUCCCUUCGGCAAUCUUAGCCUUGACCUUUUCCUCGUCCAUGCCCUCUUCCUCGUAGAACUGUGCGACUCGCUGAGAGUCAUUGCGCCGGCGGAUGUACUGUAGAGCUGCAAGGUUAUAUCCGAUGAGAUCCUUCUGUCUCUGCAGAGCACUGCGCAGAUUCUUCCGCAAGGGCAUCAGUGCAGUCCUCAUGAUACGAUUGGCGACGAUCUGAUGGUGAUGUGUUUUCAGCAAGAAGAAGAGAACGCGAGAGACGAGUGUGAUAUUCCAGUCCUUAGGCCUGGGGUCAGCGACGGUCACACUGAGCAGAAAGGACCUCACUCGUUGAGCCCAGAUGUUCAAGUAGUUCAUUAGCGAAACAACCUUGCCAAAAGGUAAAACGAGCAGAGCGUCUAAUAACGCUGUGCUCUGGAUUCUUUCAACGACACGAAGAACCCAGGCUUCGGGCUCCAGGUCGUACGCGGCCAGUACAGCAUUCCGGGGCGGCGGCGCAAGCUGAAGAGAUUCGUUCUGUCCCCGAGAAACGGCCUCCUCGUAUUCUCGGAAAAUGGCUCGCUCCCCGUCGGCGAGAUCCAACGCUUCAAUGAUGCGCUCUCCGGCCAUGAGGGUUUCGGUCGUCUGCUUGGAAACAGUAGUGGCCUCUGUCGCCGGUCUCUCUGAAUCCUGGUUGAGUCCUAGCGGUCCGCCCGAUUCCUUGUUCAGUGUGUCCGCGAUCCCAGUUUCAUAGAUCUUCUC